AUUUUCUUUUGAACGAAUAAAAGUAUUUACUUGAUUAGAUGUAUUUUGGUAUACUUACUAUGCGAUUAAAACAUUAACAAUAAAACCUGAAGAAAUAUUAUGAUGGCAACGCCAGCAAGAAUUGCAGUCGAUUUAAUGCUAGCUACAAGCAAAGCUGUGGUUCCUGCUAUUGGUACUGCAUGGCAAUAUGCCAAAGUGGAAAUGAUACCUCCUAUGACGCAUAGUUUCGUUCAUGGCGCUAUUGGUAAGAACUUUGAAAAGUCAGCAGCACAAUUCGGACAGGGUAUUAUUUCUGGCAUAGAAGGCAGAAUUAAAGAAAUGGAUAUGGAAGUUGAAAGAGUAAGGAAGGAAAAAGAAGCUGCUAUUAAGGCAGCUAUGGACCAAGCAGCAGCUGCAGCUAAGGCAGCUGCCCAGAACAAAUUGGAUGAGAAAAAGCGACAAGAUGAAGCAAAAGCAAAGGAAGCCCAAAAGCCUAAGGAAGAAAAGAAACCUGAAGCAAAGGCAGCAGCUCCCCCUCCCGCACCGAAGCCAGAGGCUAAAAAAGCGAAACCAGCUAAAAAGAAGGAGCCAGCUCGGAAGAAGGAACCAAAGAAAAACAGACGUGAUGAAAAAAAAGGAAAGCCCCCCAAAAAGUAAUUUUCUAUCAUUGGUUUGUGUUAUUUGUCAUUUUGUUAGUAUAUAUUAUUGUAUUAAAUAUU